UCGCGCGCCCGAGCGCCGCAGACGAGCACGAGCCUCCGCCGGGCGCGCGAGCGAGACGCGAGACGGCGCAUUCGAUCCUUCUGUUAAUGUUUGGUCCAAUCGCGUCCGAUCUGUGCGUGUUCCGGUUCUUUGUCAUCAAUGGGUUGCCGGGCGAGACCGUUUCGAGUGCCACUUGAAAACUAUUUACGCUAAAUUUGAGCUGUUUUUUAGCAUACGAGAUGUAUUAAAAGGUUCUCCGAGCCGAUUCCCAAAGGUCCAGUGCGAAAUUUAGUUCCGAGCCGUGGUAUUUAGCGCGAUCGACGUUAGGCCCUUUCGGUAUUAAUGAGGCGUACCCACUUCAGCUGACUGCGUCGUACGCAAGGCUACUCUAACUAAACUAGUAGUAGUCCGGCGUUCGAGGGAGGCGGUCGGGUGCUCGCGCGCGGGGAAGUGCGGAUAUGUUAUUGAGAUCUAAAAUGUGUUUGGAACGUUCGCCGUAGGCGUGUCGGCGUGCGAACUGCGAGUGCGAGAGCGUGCAGGUCGUGCCGGAGUGCGCGCGACGCGACGCGGGCGCGAGUGUUAGUGCAGGACUCGGACGAGCCGGGGCUCAAUGAUGCUCAAGUUCCUGACGCAUAAGCUCCGAACGCAUUCGCUGAAUGAGGAGAACGUUUCCGAGAAGGUGGAGGAGCGGGACUCCGGCACCGAGUCGGACGACGAGGCCGAGCGCGCCGACACCGGUGAAUACUGCGCUGACGUCAUCAUGAAGUGGAAUGACGUCACCGACAUCAGUAUGGGUGGCGAAGCGUGCGCCUGCGCGCCGGCGCCGGUGCGGCCGCUGGCGGCGCCCGAACCCGACCAGCUGUACGACCACCACUCCUCCGAGGAGGAACUCGAGGUGAUCAACGGCAGCCCCGCGACGGGCGCGACGAGCGCGACGGGCGCGCGCGGCGAGGGCCGGCGGCGCGGCGCGUCGUCGCCGGCGCGCGCGGCGCCUGAGAAGCGCCGCUGGCCGGCGGAGCCCUACGACGAUGAGUUGGCGACGCGCGCGCCCUCGUCCGACGACGACGACACCAAGGUGGAGACCCCGGUGCGGUUCUGCACGUCGCCGCCGCUGGAGGCGCUGAAGCCGCGUCGCGCGGGUGCCGCCGCCGCCGCCGCCGCCGCCGAGUGCGGCUGUGCGGGCCGCGCGCCGUGCUCGCCGCGCCGCCGCCGCCUGCCGCUGCCGCCGCCGCGCCGGCACCGGCCCGCGCUCGACUUUGACAAGAUGCAGCAGCUGAAGGUGGGCGGCGGAGUGCGCUCGUGGCGCGCGGUAGGCGGCGCACACGGUGGCGAGCUGUCCGUGUUCUGCUGGUGAUGAGCGCCGCCCGCCCAGCCGCCCAGCCGCCCCGACCACACCUGCCAGCUCCGCACAGCGCGCGGGGCCGAGCUCGCCGCGGUGCCGGCGACUCAUAUCAGGUUAAAGCGACUCGGUGCGCCGUCCGAGUGUUCGAGUUCCUUUAAUUGCACUCAAAUAAUGAUCAAAGUACAAACUUACUAAUACUAUUAUAUCGAUCGCGUUCGCCGCAUUCGCCGACCGAAUGUAGUUUUUGGAAAUAUUUACUCGUUUUGAAUACUGUGUUUAAAUUAUUGCCACUCGUAAUCGGUUUCGGAUGUUCGCGUCAGCAGUCGCGCGACGGCAGGCGCGAGAGGCGCGACGGUCGGGGCUCGCUCGCGCGACGCCUCCGACGUGGCCAUCGUUAGUUACGUAAACAAAUUAUUUUAAUCAGUCGCUGCGACGACUGUAUUGCGGUGUUGUAUUUCUGGAGUACUCGACGCGAUGUCGCCGUCGACGCGACGAAUUUUGGAGAAGAACUUCACGGGAUGCGGGCUUCUUCUCCGACGUUUUUACACGAUUUUGACGCUGGAGAUACUUUUCUGACAUGAAAAAGUAUCGUAGAUUAAACUUAAAUAUAAUAUAGCUGUCCUAAUAAUAAAACAUGUAUGUCGUAUUAGUUGUAACUUGUACCGUGCGUCCGGUCGCACGCGGCGCCCACGACGCCAGGCGAAGCCCGCAUCGCGUGAGCCGCACUAUAGGAGGUUUCGGUAGAAUCGCCUCGGCUUUUGAUCUCGAAUUGCGACUGAGCGGCUCGGCGCUAGCGCGAGCUAGCGGUCGAGUCGCGCGUGAUUCCUUCAUAGAUUAUCAAAAUAUUUUUAUCUUUUUUAAAAUGUCAAUUGAUAUGAACGCGAUGCGCUGCCUUUUGUGCAAUAUGGAUGGAUUUUGUGGGAUUUGUGAGAUGUUUAUUGAUACUUGGAAGCGGGGGCGUCGCUGCGUCGCUCGUGCGACGGUCGCGAGACACGCAGCGACGCCUCCGUCUGUCGCCGCGACAGACGACAGAUGGAAGCGGCGCGCUCGCAGUUCAUACAAGAUAUUGGUUGUACCUAGUUGUAACUUAUGUUAGUAGUUUAUUUAGCAGGGCUAAUUCUGUUACUCUUGUUGUGUUAUAAACGAAAAUGAAAAAAAAAUAUAAUAAAAAUGUGGUGCGAGUGGAUACAAGUGAAUUUAACGAUAAAGACAUUUAACAAAUUUUCAAAUUAAUACGAUAAAAGUACUAAGACUUUUUUAAAAUCGCUUGAAUAAAGAUUGUAUGUACAUAGAGAUAAGUUACGUAGGGCUCGGAGAUGUAUUUCCGAUUAUCGUUUCACGCGCUGGUGAGUGGUUACAACGACAGCUGUUGCAAAUAAUAACAUUGUUUAUAUUGGGUAUUAAAUAAAAGAACUGGAAAGCUAAAAAAAAAUAUAUGAUACUAAAGAUGACGCUGAUCUUGCAAAUUAUCGUGGCGUCUGUCAAAAAUGAAUAUUAGGAUGCAGUUUGAUUUGUUCUUAAUCGUUUCGUAACAUGGAAACUAUUUCAACUGUCGCAUCGAUUGCAUUUCGGUGCUUGGUGGUGGAGCCGUGCGAUGUGACCGCGGACGCAUUCAUCAUCCUAUUUUCCAUAGUACUAGCAGAGAAACUCAAUAGUUCCUUUCUAAAAUAAGCAGCACUCCUAUUGUGACCAGAAGGCCUUGUGGGUACAGUUGAUUCUUUGAUACGACAGUUGGUUUCACCACUCUCAGCUUCUAUAACUCAAAUAUAAAAAUGUGACUUUUGUAUUACGAUCUAGGUAAUUUAAUGGCAAUAGUGUAGAAGUCUGGGGUAGUUGCACAUUCAGUCCGACUCUCAUUCAAGUAGUGACAACCGCCAGUUCACAAACGCGUCGAUAGUAAUCGGAGCUACACCUUCAGCGCAGUCUAGAUGUAGUAGGUAUAACAAAUUGUAUGACGGAGGCGCUCGGCGCCUGCUCUUUUGUUAACAUUUCUUUUGUGUUAUUUUUUAUUUCCGCUGAAAUUUCUUUACUGACUCGUCCAUGUCUCAGAGAGCCACCUGCGAGCCGACGGAGUCUAGCGCGCGUUGUGACAGUUGAAGCGGUUGUUCUGUAUUUAAAAUCCGACACUAAAUACCCACCUUGAAGAAGAACGAUCAAAUUCGUUUUACAAUUUUUAAUAAAUUAUUGUUGUGUGCGGUAUGAUAUCACAAAAAAACCACUUCAACUUUCGUGAUGACAACUGGGCCUUUUCUCUAUGAUACUCAAGUCUUAACCUUAAUGCCAGAACGCAGAGUCGAGUUACGAGUAGCCAUUUAAAAAUAGAAACUUUAAAGAAUGAUUCCACUGUAGACGGAGAAUCUCUGUCUACGCUGGGAUCAUUCUUGUUGACAUGAAAGUCCGUUUUCAAAUAUAUGAAAGUAUGGUAACUUCCAUGUAAGUAAUUUUUUUACGAAGACCAGAAAAAUAAAAAACCUCACAAAAAAGGAACUAAUUUUUGCCAUUGGCACACUAAACACAAAAAUUAUUGUGGCGCCCCCAAUCCAGGUUUAUUAUAUUUCUGGUCAUAUACCGAGAGCCUGCAUAGUCAGACAUUUUGUAAGUAUUUUGGAGCUGAAAGCUUCAUUUAAGUUUGUAUGUCAUGCCAGAUAAGUACAGUAACCAAUUAUGGAAUUCAGAUCGAGGUGGGUUUGGAAUGUAGCGGGUGCACGUGCCCAGGUCUCCUAUAUUGUCCUAGUAUAUAACAGAAUGAAAAAAUAUAACGUAAUUUCAAGAUAUCCUUUAACUUUGGCAACCCUUCGCUAAAGCCUUUUAAAGAAAUCUUUAAGUAUUUUUCGAAAGGUUGCCGCGGUUAGUUGUUUUCUCAUAUUAUGCAGAAAAAAAUACGCUUUAUAAUUGGACGUUUGACGAUCUGUACCCUUGAAACUUGCCAUCUUCCUAAGCCAUCACACCAUAUCCUUAUUCAUAAUUUGCUACUGUUCUAGCUAUCUCCAAACUAUGGUAGGAAGGAGCAACUGACGAUUUUUUAGCUUUCCUAAAAUAAGGUGUAACGCAGGCAUCAGGUUUAUAGUUAAGAUUUUAGUAUCAUGGAGAAAUUUUACUAUGAGUUUAGCCAUUCGAAUAUCUACGCCGAAAGUUACAUAGUAUUUAUUUGGUAUUUAACCUUUAACAUUACAACACCCCACCCUAGUUACUUAGUAUUCUGUGUGUGUGUAACAAUACACUCAUCACCCAAUCUAAAAAUUUAAUCACUUGCCAUUGACGUAAGUAUGAAAACACAGCUAUUUAUACAUAAAUAUUUGUUCCACAAAUAUUGGAUCAUUAUUUUGAUAUAUCUAUAUCAAAAUAAUGAUCCAAUAUGGUCCACACGAUGGGGUGUUGAAUUUGAAUUUGCAAAACUCAGAGUGGCCCUCUUGAUCUUAAUUAUUUGCUGUCAGAUUAUGAUUUAUUAAAUAAAUUAUUUUUAUCAGAAAUCUACUUAAAAUUAUAAUAACUCACCUGUCUUUGCUGCUAUUGGGUUCGAAUUUACUUUAGAAAAAAAUAUGACUAAAAAAAAGUUUAAAAAAAAUUUUUACACCUUUGUCUACUUUAUUACAAAAAAAAAAUCAUAACGCAGGAAUAAUAUCUAAGUGUAGGUACAGUGAGCCAAAUAUCAAUUCGUAUUUUAUUAUAAGGAAAAUUUAAUUAUGUACCUACUUAUGUCCCAAAAUUUAAUGGUAGGUAAAAUGAAGUAAUAGCAAUUCAAUAACUUAAGUAAGCUACAGAAUGUCUGAAGUAGAUUUAUAAAUGAAAUACAGGGACAAAUUAUAUGGUCAAAAUAAUUUUCUUUCUGUAUGUAGUAAAUAUAUAUAGCUGGGCAAAUUCGUUCGUAACACUCCCGAUGGCCCGUGUGGGAGUGGCCGGGAGGGAGUUAACGAUAUCCCGCGCGCACGACUACAUACCCGCGCAGUCCUUUCCUCUGCCCCGCGGGCACGACUUCAUACCUGCGUAGUCCUUUCCCCUGUUGCUCGCAUAUCAUGAAAGUUUCAUCAACGAACUCGCCAAGCUAUAGUAAAACCUUUUUGCCUCUUUUUCAAAAUAAAAUAUUUGAGGGUAGUACAAAAAUAAACGGAAAGGCCCAUGUCCAGCAGUGGACGGCUACAGGCUGAUGCUAAAAACACAAAACAAAGGUAUAAAGGUGAUUUGGUUGUGCACAAAUCGUAAAUUAGCCACAGCUCUAAAAGGAGUGCCAUCCCAACCCUUUCAAGAGGAACAGCGUGAAAAGGCACUACUUUCAUAUUUGUAUUAUUGAAUAAUCACGUCUAGUUCAUCAUUUUCAUUCAUUGAAACCUCAAUAGCUCACGGUAAGAGUGGUCUGCCUCAUCACCGAGGGGUGGUGGGUGGUGGUUCGAUCCCCGCCCCGUUGGUCUAUUGUCGUACCCACUCCUAAUACAGUAAUACAGUCUUUCCCGACUAGUUAGAGUUAGAGGAGAAUGGGAAAAUCUCACAUGGGCUUUCAAUCCUACGUAUGGCAUAAAUCAAAUCAAAUAAAAAAAAUAUAUGACGUAUUAAAACGAAUGGACGUAAGACGAAAUAAAAAAAAAACUAACAACAGCACAAUUGAAUAGUAAAAUACGAAUUGACGUUUGUCCCGCAUAGCUGAUUCUCUAUGCCAAGGAAAUUAACUUCGUCAUUAAAAGUAAUUACGAUGUCAUAGAGAAUCAGUUGAUCAUUGGUUCGCACCCAGCAGCUGCAGAGAUACGCAGAGACGAUUGGCACAUGUUGACAGCAAGCGGGCUUGCAGCGACAACCAUCGGUGAUAUUUACAAAAUGAUUUAUAUUAUGUUUUAUAUAUUGAAUUAACAAGCGUAAUAAAGAGUGAGCAAUGGCACAUCUUA